AUGGUGAAAUUGUUUUUAUUUCGUCUGGGAUCAUUACUAAGUUUACUAAUUUUGCUUGUUUGGGAAGCAUUUUAUAGCCAAAACGAAGCAAACUACGCAGGUAUCGAAUCUUAAUCUUUGAAUCAACGUCAACUCUGUUAUUUUGCAUAUAUUGUUGCUGAUCCUAAAAUUGUUUUGUGCUAGAACCAUCAAUUCUAUCUUACUAUAAUGAUUAUUAUUUUUUUUUGGUAGAAAGCAACAACUUCAAGCGUCAAAACGUCUAUACAUUUACAGAGAAUGUUUGGAAGGUAAGCGGUAUUUUUGCAGACAGUCGAUAUGGUUGUCUGUUUCAAACUGUUUCCCGUUGCGAUUCAGUCAUAACCUCUAGGGCAACAUGUUAGUGCUUUCUCCUAGACGUGAUACAAUGUACUUAUAUUUAACACUCGAGACCAUAACCCUGUUUAGAUGGCUGAGUUCGUAUAGUAUGCGAGUAUUAAGGUUCAAUGAAUCAAGUGUUGGCUUAGUUCUGGAACGUAGACCAAACAGUUAUACCGGCAAUCUGAAAAAGAGCCAUAUGCUUUUAACAAAGGACACUAGCUCCCUAAAUCGUCAGAUUUACCGACAAUAAAUUGCAUACUCCCAUAUUCAAGGGGUUUUAGCCUCUUGAAUGAAAAUUCACUUAAACUAUCAACGGAUCGAUGAGGUAACCGGCGGGCUUCCCUGAUAACUGAAUGGCUUCAGUUAGUUUACAGGGUCCCUCCCACGCUAUUUAAGUGUGCCCUUACAAUUAUUCAGUACUCGGGGGCCAAACCAAUCCAUUCGUAACUGAAGAGAAUUCCACUAUUAGUCAGGACGGUCCAUUCAGAUUAGGUCCGUUCUUUAAAAAAAUGAACGGCAGUGAUGGUUUUUAAGUUUAAACUCUUGAAGAGAGCCUACUCUUUUUCAAAAUGAGUGAUACGAAUGCCCAGUUGUGACUUUUUAAGCGCAUAAGUUGGGAAAAUACACCAUCGUCGACUUUGCCAAAAUUUUUAAUUAGAAUAACAUAACAGUAGUGCUAUAGCUGGUUGAUAACGAAACUCUUGAAUUCGGGAGCGGCAGCCGAAUUUAUAGACUGAAUUAGUGUAUUCGAAAGAAUCGUACGUACUCCCUUUUUAAACUGAGUCGAACAGCACAAUCUGAAACACAAAGAUAUUUAGGCGAUUAUGUUUCGAAUGCAGGCCGGUAUUGAAUUAAAAACAUAUUGUAUUCUUAAAUUAGUUUUCUGCAGAUUAAACAUUUCUGUUCGAUUCCAAUUCCAAUUCUUGUACACAUUAGGGCCAUUUAUACAAGGAAAAAUAAGACGCCAACUUUCCGUAUAAACGGCACAUUUCGUCUAAAAUAAGACGCGACUUAGCUCAGACGCGUCUUAUUUUAGAACAGCCCUUAACACCUGUUCUUAGAUAAGACAUGCGUUAGUUUUUGGCGGGAAAAUUUUCGCUUGCCCUUCCCGCAUAUCUUUGAAGCAACGCUCAAAACCACUCCUUCGAUCUCCUUCUUCCCUUUUUCUCGGGUUCCUUCUGAACGUUUCCAAGAAAGCAUUGUUUUUUAUAAUUCUGAGGCAAAUAAGGGUUUUUGUCAUAAGAGAAGACUCCCCCAUUUUCAUUUAAAAGGUCUUCAAAAUAUUGUCUCUGCUGCAAAUCGCAGCAUGACGCCGUAACUUUGAAACGCGCGCCAUGUUGGGUUGCCGUUGCUACGGGCAAAAUUCACAUGGAAACCAGUCAAGGACAGAAAUAAGACGCGAACCAUUUAUACGAGCUGUUUUCGCCUUAGGUAAGACAUGCUCGUAUAAAUGGUACAGUUCGCGUCUUAUUUUUCCUCGUGUAAAAUGGCCCUAUUGUUUACGCUCUAUAAAACAAACCGAUUUUACUGAAUAAAUAGGGAAUUAAGACAUCACCGAAUUCCUCUUGAAAACACCAGAGUUCAAAAUAACACCAGAGUUCAAAAAGUCAGACGAUUAGUUUUGAGGCGGCCUUAAACACUCAAGAGCAAAGUCUCUUGGUAUAAUUCGAAUUUUCCUUGCUGAUUUCCCAAGAAGAAGGAUCCGUCCACAAGUAUCCGGAUAUUUUCGAAUCCGCAAAUUGUUCUUUGAGGAUUCAAAAAUUUCCAAGUCCCAUAGUCGUAUUCAAAUCGAAUUUGCCCGUCCACUGCACACGUAUCCGGAUUCUUUCUUAGUGCGUCAGCUAAUUUAUAAAGCGAUCUUCAGCUCAUGCAAAAAUUUUAUCGCCAAUCUUCUUCAAUUACUGUUUCACUGACAAAAUUCUCCCAACAAGCACUAUCAGUUUCGUUCGCUCGUUUAACGUGUUUACGGCCUCCAAUUCGUGCGUCCGUAAUGUAAAGAAGCUUCAAACUGUCGAGCCGCCGUUUGGCAUUAUUGAAGUGCACAGUAAUCAUAGUUACCAUAGUUAGGUUUAAAUUCACACACGUUAUAAGACUUCAAACUAAAGUCCAAGAAGUAAAGAAGCGAUAUCAUUGCGCUCGGCACCGUCUUGAAUAUUAACGUAGAACCGGGCUCGAUCUUGUGACGUCACUGAAUAAAAAAUAUCCGGAUUGAACGUCCACCCGAACCCAGAUUCAUAGCGUAUUCAAGAAUUUCGACUCCGGAGAGCGGAUUCCAAAAGAUGGGGAUUCGUCUGCUGGAUUCACCGGAAUACGUGUGGGCGGGUCCUUAGUGCCUGUCUCAAUUAUGCCUUUAGAAGGACACCAUCAGAGAAAAUGAAUAAAACUAGUAAUGACCGAAGGUUACGGAGUGCGGGCGACAACGAUCGAAGGUCAAAACGCUUUUGCUUCAAUGCUGUGCUUUCGGUAAGUUUCACGUGACAGAUGGUCAAAACACGCGUGAUCAGAUUACGAGUGAUAGAAGGUCCAAACGCGCAUGAUAAAUUGCGUUAUGUACAUUCCAUUCAUUCUUAGUGGAAGUCCAAACGAAUGCUGGCUCAUGCUGGCUACAUACAUGCGACGCAUGCGUAAUAACAACCUGGAGAUUAGGAUUGCGGGCUCCUAGCCUCUUGUCGCCAGCAACAAAGCCUUUAAGCCAUCUUGCGUCGCAUCACUGACGUCUGUAAUUGCUGAAAUCAAACAGAAAUGGGUCUCGCGCGUGUUGCAUAUCGAAAAUGUCCUUUCGUCUUUGCCCUUUGUUUUAUGUCAUGACGAACGUGUAUAAUUUUUCCUCUUAGAAUAGUCACCAGACACAAGAGCAACGUAAGAAGAGUUUAAUAGACUACUGCCACAAGCGAGAUCCCAGGGAGCUGCUGCCACCAUACACAAAAAAUCAUGAAAUUCCUGCAUAUUAUUUCAGGAAUAUUAUUGUGAACGACAACCACAAACUUCUCUAUUGCUACAUACCUAAAGUGGCCUGUUCAAACUGGAAACGAGUGCUCAUGGUCAUGAACGGUGAUGCCGCUGAUCCGUGGAAGAUAAAAACAGCGGACGUCCAUAAUCGCAGCUUGGGAUAUUUUCGAUAUUUGAAUCAGUAUUCCCCAGAGGAAAUUGUACAUAGACUCAAUACUUAUUACAAAUUUCUGUUCGUGAGACACCCGUUUGAGCGACUCGUAUCGGCGUACAGAAACAAGUUUGUAGACUCAUACAAUUACACUCUUUUCAAAGAGAUGUAUGGGCGGUUUAUCAUACGAAAAUACCGCCGCAACGCAGACAAGAAGUCCUUGAAGACCGGUGACGGAGUAAGUUUUUCCGAAUUUGCCGAAUUUCUCCAUAAUUCUGAUUCCGAAUUUAUGGACUGGCAUUGGAAGCAAUAUGACACAUUAUGCCACCCCUGCUUAAUUUACUACGACUUUAUAGGACAUUUUGAAAAUUUAUACGAAGAAGCUGAUCAACUACUUGAUAUUCUACAAGUGAGCGACACAGUUAAUUUUCCCAGAAACAAAACUUCACAGUACAAGCUCUCGACAAAAGUCAUAGCCAAACGGUACUUAAACUCGCUUUCUGAAAAGGCCAGAAAGAAUCUCUAUGACAAGUACAAACAUGACUUUGAGAUGUUCGGCUAUUCAAUGGGAGACUAUCUUUGA